AUGCAGGACUUUAACGACGAUAUUACAGGGUCCUUCAGAAACGAUGGGAUUAAGGCGUCUGAUGUCCUGCCUGUGCUGAAAGAGAAAGUGGCCUUUGUGUCAGGAGGUCGUGAUAAGAGAGGUGGCCCCAUACUGACCUUCCCUGCCAGAAGCAACCAUGAUAGAAUAAAACACGAGGAGCUGCGGCAGCUGGUGACCUACCUCUCCACUGUGCCCAGUGAGGAUGUGUGCAAGCGAGGCUUCACGGUCAUCAUUGAUAUGCGCGGCUCCAAGUGGGACCUGAUCAAGCCUCUACUGAAGACCCUGCAGGAGGCCUUCCCCGCCGAGAUCUGCGUGGCGCUGAUCAUCAAACCCGACAACUUCUGGCAGAAGCAGAAGACCAACUUUGGCAGUGCCAAGUUCACAUUUGAGACUAGCAUGGUGUCAGUGGAGGGCCUGACUAAGUUGGUGGACCCGUCCCAGCUGACAGACGACUUUGAGGGCUCUCUGGAGUACAACCACGAGGAGUGGAUGGAUCUGCGCGUGGCCCUGGAGGAGUUCAUGGGCUCUGCCGUUCACCUCCUCUCCCGCCUGGAGGACCUCCAGGAGCUGCUGGCCAAGAAGGAGUUCCCGGUGGACGUGGAGGGCUCCCGGUGCCUCAUCGACGAGCACACGCAGCUCAAGAAGAAGGUGAUGAAGGCUCCUGUGGAGGAGCUGGACAGAGAGGGCCAGAGGCUGCUUCAGUGUAUCCGGUCUAGUGACGGGUUUUCUGGGAGGAACUGCAUCUCGGGCAGCGCUGACUUCCAGAGCGUGGUGCCUAAGAUCGCCAGCCUGCUGGACAAGCUGCACUCGACCAGACAGCACCUGCACCAGAUAUGGCACGUCCGCAAGCUCAAACUGGACCAGUGUUUCCAGCUUCGCCUCUUUGAGCAGGAUGCAGAGAAGAUGUUUGACUGGAUCAGUCACAAUAAGGAAGUGUUCCUGCAGAGCCACACAGAGAUCGGAGUCAGCUACCAGCACGCCGUGGACCUCCAGACGCAGCACAAUCACUUUGCCAUGAAUUCUAUGAACGCCUAUGUGAACAUCAACAGGAUCAUGUCGGUGGCGACGCGGCUGUCGGAGGCGGGCCACUACGCCUCGCAGCAGAUCAAACAGAUCUCGGCCCAGCUGGACCAGGAGUGGAAGAGCUUCGCCGCCGCCCUGGACGAACGCAGCACCAUCCUGGCCAUGUCGGCCGUCUUCCACCAGAAGUCGGAACAGUUCCUGGCUGGGGUGGAGGCCUGGUGCAAGAUAUGCAGUGAAGGGGGGCUGCCCUCGGAGAUGCAGGACCUGGAGCUGGCCAUCCACCACCACCAGACCCUCUAUGAACAGGUGACCCAGGCCUACACCGAGGUCAGUCAGGAUGGCAAGGCCCUACUGGAUGUCCUCCAGAGACCACUGAGCCCGGGGAACUCGGAGUCUCUGACGGCCACAGCCAACUACUCCAAGGCGGUCCACUGUAUCCUGGACGUGGUCCACGAGGUCCUGCACCACCAGAGACGCCUGGAGAGCAUCUGGCAACACCGCAAGGUCCGCCUGCACCAGAGGCUACAGCUCUGUGUGUUCCAACAGGACGUCCAACAGGUGAUGGACUGGAUAGAGAACCAUGGAGAGGCCUUCCUUAGCAAACACACGGGCGUGGGCAAGUCCCUCCACCGCGCCAGGGCACUGCAGAAACGCCACGACGAUUUUGAGGAGGUGGCACAGAACACCUACACCAACGCAGACAAGCUCCUGGAGGCGGCCGAGCAGCUGGCCCAGACUGGGGAAUGUGACCCGGAGGAGAUCUACAAAGCAGCGCGACACCUGGAGGUCAGGAUCCAAGACUUUGUCCGGCGGGUGGAGCAGAGGAAACUGCUGCUGGACAUGUCUGUCUCCUUCCACACCCACACCAAGGAGCUGUGGACGUGGAUGGAGGACCUGCAGAAGGAGCUGGUGGAGGAGGUGUGUUCAGACUCGGUGGAGUCAGUCCAGGAGCUCAUCAAGCAGUUCCAGCAGCAGCAGACGGCCACCCUGGAGGCUACGCUUAACGUCAUCAAGGAGGGAGAGGACCUCAUCCAGCAGCUCAGGUCAGUGCCUCUCGCUCUCUCGCUCGCUCUGGGCUCCAGGGACGCUGCAAUGUCCACCAACAAGAUGCCCCACAACAGCUCCAUCGCCCACAUCGAGAGUGUCCUGCAGCACCUGGAUGAGGCCCAGGGCCAGAUGGAGGAGCUGUUCCACGAGAGGAAAAUCAAACUGGAUAUCUUCCUGCAGCUACGCAUCUUUGAGCAGUACACCAUCGAGGUGACGGCGGAGCUGGACGCGUGGAACGAGGACCUGCUGCGCCAGGUGAACGACUUCAACUCGGAGGACCUGACUCUGGCCGAGCAGCGGCUGCAGCGCCACACGGAGCGCAAGCUGGCCAUGAACAGCAUGACCUUCGAGGUGAUGCAGCAGGGACAGGACCUGCACCAGUACAUCAUGGAGGUCCAGGCCUCAGGCAUUGAGUUGACUGGGGAGAAAGAGGUGGAUCUGGCCACUCAGGUCCAGGAGCUGCUGGAGUUCCUCCAUGAGAAGCAGCAUGAGCUGGACGUCAGCGCUGACCAGACCCAGAAGAGACUGCAGGAGUGUCUGCAGCUCCGCCACCUGCAGUCAGAGGUCAAACAGGUCCUGGGCUGGAUCCGGAACGGGGAGUCCAUGCUGAACGCCAGCAUGGUGAAUGCCAGCUCGCUGACAGAGGCAGAGCAACUGCAGAGGGAGCAUGAGCAGUUCCAGCUGGCCAUCGAGUCCCUGUUCCAUGCCAAUUCUCUCCAGAAGACCCACCAGAGUGCCCUGCAGGUGCAGCAGAAGGCUGAGGUCAUGCUCCAGGCGGGCCAUUUUGACCCGGACGGCAUACGGGCCUGCGCCGAGAAGGUGGCCAUGCACUGGCAACAGCUCAUGCUCAAGAUGGAGGAUCGUCUCAAGCUGGUCAACGCUUCUGUGGCCUUCUACAAGACCUCAGAGCAGGUGUGCAGUGUGCUGGAGAGUCUGGAGCAGGAGUACAGGAGGGAUGAGGACUGGUGUGGUGGCCAUGACAAGCUGGGAGCCAUGGCCGAGACGGACCAUGUCAUCCCCCUCAUCAGCAAACACCUGGAGCAGAAGGAAGCCUUCCUCAAGGCAUGCACGUUGGCCAGGAGAAAUGCUGAGGUAUUCCUGAAGUAUAUCCACAGGAACAACGUGGGUAUACCUGGUGCUUCAGGCCACGCCAGAGGACCCGAGCAGCAGGUUAAAGCCAUCCUCAAUGAGCUGCUCCAGAGGGAGAACCGGGUUCUGCACUUUUGGACCAUGAAGAAACGGCGCCUGGACCAGUGCCAGCAGUACGUGGUGUUCGAACGCAGUGCCAAACAGGCCUUAGACUGGAUCCAGGAAACAGGAGAGUAUUACCUCUCCACUCACACCUCCCCUGGAGAGAGCGGCGAGAGGAGUCAGGAACUGCUGAAGGAGUACGAGGAAUUCAGAGUCUCCGCCAAGCAAACCAAGGAGAAGGUGAAGCUCCUCAUUCAGCUGGCCGACAGCUUUGUGGAAAAGGGCCAUGUGCACGUCACUGAGCUGAAGAAGUGGGUCACCACGGUGGACAAGCGCUACCGAGACUUCUCCCUCCGGAUGGGGAAGUACCGUUCUAGUUUGGAGAAAUCACUGGGCAUCAGCUCUGAGGACAAUAAGGACUUGGAGCUGGACAUCAUCCCAGCCAGCCUGACUGAUCCUGGGGAGGUGAAGCUCCGCGACCCCAACCACGAGGUCAACGAGGAGAAGAGGAAGUCAGCCAGGAAGAAAGAGUUCAUCAUGGCUGAACUGCUUCAGACUGAGAAGGCCUAUGUCAGGGACUUGCAUGAAUGUUUAGAGACGUACCUGUGGGAGAUGACAAGUGGGGUGGAGGAGAUUCCUCCUGGCAUCGUCAACAAGGAGCACAUCGUCUUUGGCAACAUCCAGGAGAUUUAUGAUUUCCAUAACAGCAUUUUCCUCAAAGAGCUAGUGAACUAUGAGCAGCUACCUGAAGAUGUGGGCCAUUGUUUUGUCACAUGGGCUGAUAAAUUCCACAUGUACGUCAAUUACUGUAAAAACAAACCGGAUUCCAGCCAACUCAUCUUGGAGCAUGCUGGAAGCUUCUUCGAUGAAAUCCAGCAGCGACACGGAUUGGCCAACUCCAUCUCCUCGUACCUUAUCAAGCCAGUGCAGAGGAUCACUAAGUACCAGCUUCUCCUCAAGGAGCUGCUGACCUGCUGUGAGGAGGGGAAGGGGGAGAUUAAGGAUGGCCUGGAGGUUAUGCUUAGUGUCCCCAAGAGGGCCAACGACGCCAUGCACGUCGCCAUGCUGGAAGGUUUCGAUGAGAAUCUGGAUGUGCAGGGAGAGCUGUUCAUCCAGGACACGUUCCAGGUGUGGGAUCCCAAGUCUCUGAUCCGGAAGGGCCGGGACCGUCAUCUCUUCCUGUUCGAGAUCUCCCUGGUGUUCAGCAAGGAGAUCAAGGACUCAGCUGGACGCACCAAAUACGCCUUCAAGAGCAAACUGCUGACAUCAGAGCUGGGCGUGACGGAGCACAUUGAAGGGGACCCCUGUAAGUUUGCUCUGUGGGCUGGAAGGACCCCCUCAUCUGACAACAAGACUGUCCUCAAGGCGUCCAGUAUUGAAGCAAAGCAUGAGUGGAUCAAGAACAUCCGGGAGGUGAUCCAGGAGAGGAUCAUCCACCUCAAGGGGGCGCUGAAGGAGCCCAUCCACAUGCCCAAAACCCCUGCCAAGCCACGCAACAACAGCAAGAGGGAUGCUGGUGAGGAUGCAGACAGCCAGGGUGACGGCAGCAGCCAGCCAGACACCAUCUCCAUCGCUUCUAGGACUUCUCAGAACACUGUGGACAGUGAUAAGCUCUCUGGAGGCUGUGAGUUGACAGUGGUGCUGCAGGACUUCACGGCAGGUUGUUCCAGCGAGCUCAGCCUUCAGACGGGUCAGACGGUAGAGCUACUGGAGAGGCCCAGUGACCGCCCCGGCUGGUGUCUGGUGCGGACCACCGACCGUAGCCCCCCUCAGGAGGGCCUGGUGCCCAGCUCGGCCCUCUGUAUCUCUCACUCCCGCAGCAGCGUGGAGAUGGAGUGCUUCUUCCCCACAGGGAAAGAGAACUACUCGGUCAGCGGGCCCGAAGGAGCGAAGACCGAGUCGGUGGCCAACCUGCAGUCCCAGGCCUCCCUGAGCUCCAUCCAGUCCAGCUCUCCGGGACCGAAGCGCUCGGGCAACACCCUCAAGAAGUGGCUGACCAGCCCUGUGCGUCGCCUCAGCCACGGCAGCAGCGUCAAGAAGUUCCCCAGCAAGCACAAGAAGAGGGACGGCCGCAAGAGCAUCGACCUGGGGCCGCCUGAGAGCUCCCUGCACGACGGGAGCGUAGACGAGGUAAUGAGCAGCGGAGGAGAGGAGGAGCCAGAGGACGACUCUCACACCCCCCUCCCGCCCCCCAUGGAGAUCAUCAAGGACCCCUCGUCCCAGGAGGAGAAGUCCUCCGCAUUGCUUGCUGCGCGUCAGGGCUCUGCCGAUGUCCCCAGCGCUGCGGAGCUGGUCAGUGCAAUAGAAAAGUUGGUCCAAACUAAGAUGAAUCUGGAGCCAGGUGCCUACCCCAGCUUCACCACUUUGACCCCUCCGGAACAGACCAGCCCAGCCCUGCCCAGGAACCCUGAAAUGGAUCAGAAGGCCAAAGCUCUGCGCGGACGCAUGUUUGUCCUCAAUGAGCUGGUGCAGACCGAGAAGGACUAUGUCAAGGACUUGGGGAUUGUAGUGGAGGGGUUCAUGAAGACGAUCGAGGAUAAGGGAGUCCCUGAAGAUAUGAAAGGAAAAGACAAAAUCGUUUUUGGGAAUAUUCACCAGAUCUACGACUGGCACAAAGAUUUUUUUGUCGGUGAGCUGGAGAAAUGUCUUGAAGACAACGAGCACCUUCCUGAGCUUUUCAUUAAACAUGAGAGGCGACUACACAUGUAUGUGGUUUACUGCCAGAACAAGCCCAAGUCUGAAUUCAUUGUCGCCGAGUACGACACAUUCUUCGAGGGCGUACAGCAAGAGGUCAGCUCAAGACUUGGCAUAAGUGACUUUCUCAUAAAGCCAAUUCAGAGAAUUACCAAGUAUCAGCUGCUUCUAAAGGACUUCUUAAAGUAUAGUUCCAAAGCAGGACUAGAUUGCCAAGAGAUGGAGAAAGCAGUUGGUUUAAUGUCCCAGGUCCCCAAGCUGUGCAAUGACAUGAUGAAUCUUGGCAGACUACAAGGCUAUGAGGGUAAGCUGACCAGCCAGGGUAAACUGCUGCAGCAGGAGACAUUCUUCGUGACAGAGCAGGACACGGGCGUUCUGUCGCGCAGCAAGGAGCGCAGGGUCUUCCUCUUUGAGCAGAUCGUCAUCUUCAGCGAGCUCCUCCGCAAGGGCUCGUCCACCCCAGGCUACCAGUUCAAGAAGAGCAUCAAGGUGAGCUACCUGGGCUUGGAGGAGCAUGUGGACAACGACCCGUGUAAGUUUGUGCUGUCGUGUCGAGGCUCGGCCGAGCGCUUCACCCUGCAGGCGGCCAACCUGGACAUCAAGCAGGUGUGGGUCCAACAUGUCAGCCAGGUCCUGGAUGCCCAGAGCAACUUCCUGUCUGCCCUGCAGUCUCCCAUUGAGUACCACAAGGAGAAGGGUUGUUCCCAAUCCCUCACCAGAAACCCGUCGGGCAGUCGGCCCCCCAGUUCCAACAGCAGGCCCCUCUCCUCCUCCUCUGUGGGGGCAGAGAAGCCCCCCCUGGCAGGACCGGGUAGGACCCCAACUCCUCUCAAACUAUCUACCUCCAACGGCAGCUCCUGCUUUGACCCCAUGAAACACAGCGAACGCUAUGACUCCACUAGGCAUCAUGACGGCAUUGGAUGUAACGGCAUGUCCUCCACCAUGAUGGUGACCCAGGACUACAGUGCACUGAAGGAGAAUGAGAUCUGUGUGAUCCAGGGCGAGAUGGUGCAGAUCAUGGCCACCAACCAGCAGAACAUGUACCUAGUGUACCGGCCCGCCAACAGCCAGUCCCCUGCUGCCGAGGGCUGGGUCCCAGGCCACAUCCUGGGCCCCCUCAUUAAAACGCUCAAAGACAGUACUGCUGACGCAAGCAUCAAGAAAUCUCUUUCAUGGAAUACCCUGCGCUCGAGAAAGCGAGCGGAGAAGGAUAGCAGUGGCAAGGGUGAUGCAAAGGUUGAGAAUGGACUCCGUAAGCCCAAGGAGAUUCUCAGCACCAAGGUCACUGUCAAAGAGUCAAACAGCUCAGAGGAGUCAGAUUGCGAUGAUGAACUCCCCAAAACUAGCAUGGAGAUAAUGAAUCCCAAUUUUAUACAAGAAGUUGCUCCAGAGUUCCUGAUCUCACUAGCGGAUGUGACAUGUGCAUUCGGGGAGACGGUGGUCCUAUGCUGCAAAGUGUGUGGACGUCCCAAACCCAACAUCACUCUGAAAGGACCCGAUCAGAGCCCGCUUGUCAACAACAGCAGGUUCACUAUAAACAUUAGGGAUACGGGCGACAUUCUGCUCAAGAUCUGUAACCUGAUGCCCCAGGACACUGGCAUCUACACCUGUGUGGCCGUCAACGACCAUGGCACCGCCUCCUCCUCCGCCUCCAUCAAAGUACAAGGUAUUCCAGCAGCACCUGCGAGGCCAGUGGCCCAGGAGGCCAGUAGCAAUGCAGUGAUCGUCCACUGGCUCCCACCAGCCAGCUCAGCUAACUGUGCUGUGUCUAGCUACACAGUGGAGUACAGGCAGGAAGACUCCCUGGUGUGGCAGGAGUCGGUGGUCUCCACAGUAGAUGUGUGUGUGAAAAUUGAAGAUCUCAUUCCUGGGGGGCACUACCAGUUCCGGGUCAGUGCCAGUAACCCCUGGGGUAUCAGUCCGCCAAGCGAGCCCUCAAACAUGGUGACCCUGCCCAGCGGGACUUCCACAUAUGAUGGAACGGGCAUUCAGUGGAAAGGCAACUUUGAAUCGUCUUUCACAGAAAUUUGUGAGAUCGGACGGGGCCGAUUCUCUGUAGUGAGAAAGUGUCUGAACAAGGCCAGUAAGAAGGAGGUGGCUGUGAAGUACGUCACUAAGAAGAUGCAGAAGAAGGAGCAGGUAGCCCACGAGGCGGACAUCUUAUGCCAUGUCCAGCAUCCUCAGCUGGUGGCUCUGACUGACACCUAUGAGUCUCCCACCUCCCUCAUGCUGGUCUUUGAGCUGCUGGAGGGCGGGAGGCUGCUGGACUACCUGGUGGCCCAUGAUGAGCUGAUGGAGGAGAAGGUGGCCUUCUUUGUGAAGGACACCUUAGAGGCAUUGCAGCACCUCCACACCUGCAGAGUGGUACAUCUAGACCUAAAGCCUGAGAACCUCCUGGUGGAUCUCCACGUGCCUGUUCCCUGCAUUAAGCUCAUAGACUUUGGAGAUGCGGUCCAGGUGUCUGGCCACCGUUAUGUCCACCUGCUCCUGGGAAACCCAGAGUUUGCUGCUCCGGAGCUGAUCCAGGGCACCCCGGUGUCGCUGAGCACGGACGUGUGGAGCGCCGGUGUCCUGGCCUACGUCAUGCUGAGCGGCGUCUCGCCCUUCCUGGACGAGAGCCUAGAGGAAACGUGCGUCAACAUCUGCAAGCUGGACUUCUGCUUCCCCGAGGACUACUUCCAGGGAGUGAGUCAGGCAGCCCGGGACUUCAUAAGCUCUACCCUGCAGCAGGACCCCAGGAAGAGGCCCAGUGCCACCACCUGUCUCCAGCAUCCCUGGGUGGGCGCCCACAGUGGAGACUAUUCCAAGAACCCACUGGACACUGGUCGCCUGGCCUCUUUCAUCGACAGACGGCGGCAGCUGCACGAUGUGCGCCCCGUCACCAACAUCAAGGGACUGGUGACCAGUAGCAUGGGACACACCCUAUAAACACCCCAUGAAUACAACACACAGGUGGAAUGAAAACACACUGUUAGCAGUACU